UUUCAUGUCUCGCUAUGAAUAUGUCAAAAUAAUUGGGGACUACCAAGUCACAAAUAUAAGAAAUCUCACAAUUAUGUGAGUGGUCGUCGUCACCGUUUCAGUAGUGUGCCGUCUCUCCGCUUGGAUGCGCUGUUUCAGUGGCGAAGAGGGAUAAACUCGGCCGACUCAAAUCAACUCGGUAAGGAAGAGGUGAAGAGGGCAGUCGAGUUUCGUUCAAGAGGCGAUCCGUCAUCGUUGACAAAGUCCACCAUCGUUUCUCAUCCAUCAUCUCAGAGAUGGUCGUCAUCGGGAUUCGGGAGUGCGACCGGCGAGCGUGAACCGCCCGCCGCCCCGUCCGAACGCUUUCGACGCGCUUCUUCCCCUCGUGUAACCUCCGCUAUGUCCCCUAUCUGUGAUAUCAAAUCAGUCGAAUUUUAUUAUUGGAAUACGUUCGAGCUGUAAACGGCCCGGUCGUCUCGCCAAUAAUGUAAAUUGACGGCUCGUCACCGGUCGUCGAGAUGUCAACGUUUAACCAGACUUUAACGUUUAAAAAGUGGAUUUGGGCCACCAAAAUGUCCGGGUCCUAGUUUUGUGUUUUAGUCCUUUUUAUGUUGAACCGUUCGUGUUGACAUUGUUGUUUUUGAGUGUUGUUCUGUUUUUAUCAUGGCCGGGGAAGUAGACGAGAUCAAUUUGACCCCCCAGGAACUUCAAGUCCUCUCAGAGUUGGACAGUCGGCAGUUUGGUUUUCUCAAGCUCAACAACCCUGAGGAAAGCAAGAAAAAGGAUUUAGUGCUAAAGGCGAUUAAAUACUUGGAGCGUAUGCUGAUGCAAGCUCAGGAAGAGCGAGAGAGAAAAAAAGAAAGUGAAAAAGAUGAUACUGCUGACAUUAAAGACGGGGUCAAUAUUGAUCCAAAAACUUAUUGCAAACUUGGUCACUUCCACCUCUUACUUGAAGAUUAUGCUAAAGCAAUGUCUGCAUAUCAAAAGUUCUUCAAGUUGAAGCCAGACCACUGGAAAGAUCCUUGUUUUUUAUACGGGCAAGGGUUGGUGUACUUUCACUACAAUGCAUUCCAGUGGGCGGUCAAAGCACUUCAGCAAGUUUUGUACAUUGAGCCAGGAUUCUCCAGGGCCAAUGAAGUCCACCUUCGCCUUGGGUUGAUGUUCAAAGUGAACAAUGAUUGGGAAUCAGCUUUGAAGCAUUUGCAGCUCGCCCUCAUUGAUGCUAACCCUUGUACUUUCUCAAAAAUUGAAAUUAAAUUUCAUAUAGCGCACCUGUAUGAAGUCCAAGGAAAAUACAAAUUUGCCAAAGACAACUACGAACAGCUUCUGAAAGAAAAAGAGCUACCGAAAAAUCUAAAAGCCGACAUAUGUCGACAACUAGGAUGGAUGUACCAUUGUGUCGAGUCGCUUGGUGACAAAAGUGCACGAGAAGGACAAGCCAUCGCCUGCCUUGAAAAAUCUAUCGACGCCGAUCCAAAAUCAGGACAGUCACUUUAUCUCUUAGGGAGGUGUUAUGCCAGUGUUGGUAAAGUGCAUGAUGCUUUUAUAGCAUAUAGAAAUUCUGUAGAAAAGUCUGAAGGAAAUGCAGACACAUGGUGCUCAAUCGGAGUACUCUACCAGCAGCAAAACCAGCCUAUGGAUGCAUUGCAGGCCUACAUAUGUGCUGUGCAAUUAGAUAAAAGUCAUAGCGCCGCUUGGACCAAUCUAGGAAUUUUGUAUGAAAGUUGCAAUCAGCCAAAGGAUGCAUAUGCUUGUUAUGUCAAUGCGACAAGAGUAGGUGAGAACAACGACGAUUUGGACAAAGACGGAGUAUCUCAUAUAUCUCCAAGGUUUUCCAUCCAUAUGAACCCUAACCUUGCUCAAAGAAUUCAAUUCCUCCAGUCUCACUUGGGCAACGCGCCAAUGCCUAGCAUCACCAGCAAGCGUAGACAGCUUCCCCCUAUCGAGGAGGCAUGGAACCUCCCCAUCUCAGCAGAAAUGUCAUCGCGCCAGCAACAACAGCAGCCACAGGCACAGCAAUCCAGUCCCAGGGUAGGUUCAGGAACUCAGCAGCAAUUUAAAAAAAAUCAAACGAAUGCUGUAACCACCACGAAUGGCCAUAUUCAGGCAUCUCCACAAGGUCCACCUCCACCGUAUCCAGCCCAGGCAAACCAGAAUGCCCCGGCUAAUAAAAGAUUUAAGCCUGGCGAGGAAGCCCCAAGAGUUCCUGGAGUUCCUACGACCCCGAACGGAGCACAGAGGACUGCGACACCCACCACCCCAAACCCUCCUUUUUAUCUAAAUGCGCAACAACUGCAAAUGCUUCAAGUGCUGCAGCAGAAUGCUGGAAACCUGCCAGCCCACCAAGCUAACCUUCUCCAACAACUGCAGCAUCAGUACAGGCUUAUGCAACAGCACCUGCAGCAAGUAAGGCUACAACAGCAACAGCAGCAACAACAACAACAACAACAACCACAAAGGGUUGCCACCGUAGCGAAUCCACAGUUCAAUACCAACCAAUACCAUACUUCAGUCAUCAAGACAUAUCCACAGCAGGAAAUGGACGUAAGUUACUCUGGGAACCAGCCAGGGAAUGAAGCAUUACAGCUGGCAAGCAACUUCCAGCAAGCUCAAUAUCCAUUUUGUACUUCGCCUCAGUCUGGUUUUAAUCAGAGUACUACACCAACUUCAAACAACAGUGACGUUGUUGGAGUGAGUGAUCAGGAACUGCAGGCACUGCUCUCGCAGAAGGACAUCGCUACAUCUCUUGCCGAAGACCUACUGAAGCAUUUCGGCUCACCUGUGCCGUCUGAAGAGCUAGAUUCUAAGGAAGGUGUCGCAGCAUUGGUCGAGCCAAACCCAUUUCCUAAUGGUAAGCCCACCGCUGGAUCAUCGGCACUGACAAUUCACCAAGAAACAGAAUCACUUGGUGCUCUCAGCACCUUAAAAAAUGAGAAAAUUGAGUUGAAGACUGAAAACGGAGAGGACCAGAAGGUCCAUAUAGGAAACUUACUUGACAUUCAGCCUGAGGUUGAGUACUCCAUCGAUAUGGACGCAAAGACCAUAAUCGAAUCCUGCAAGGGAAGAGGAGUGAAUGGUGUGGGUAGCUGUAAUGUUGUGAGUGACAGUGAUAAACCUCCUUCACCGCCUGACCCACCCCCAGCAAAGCUCACCAAGGCUCAGCUCCUUCCACCGACUCCCAGUGUCUACCUUGAAAACAAAAAAGACGCCUUCAGCCCACAAUUACAGGAGUUUUGUCUGAAACAUCCUAUCGCUGUGAUCCGAGGACUUGCUGCGGCUUUAAAAUUAGAUCUUGGGUUAUUUUCCACCAAAACUUUGGUCGAGGCAAAUGCUGACCAUAUAGUGGAAGUACGGACACAGGUGCAGCAGACGUCAGAUGAGAACUGGGACCCGCAGUUAGGUGGACGAGGCUGGUCGUGUAUUAGUCACAGGUCACACACAACCAUCGCUAAAUAUGCCCAGUACCAGGCAUCUAGUUUUCAAGAUAGCCUUAGGGAAGAAAGAGAGAGGGCAGCAGGAAUCCAUGUUCCAAACAAUACGACAAGCAGCAAUCUCUCUGAUUCUGAUUCGAAAGAUUCAACAGGAAAUGUGCGGAAAAAGAAAAGCACUGGUGUUCCUGGAUUAAAAGCUCCACCCGGUUCUAAAAUGCUCCGGUUCGGAACGAAUGUAGACCUGUCCGAUGAAAGGAAGUGGAAACCGCAGUUGCAAGAGCUGAUGAAACUCCCAGCUUUUGCGAGGGUAGUAUCUGCAGGCAAUAUGCUGUCGCACGUUGGGCACGUCAUCCUUGGAAUGAACACAGUCCAGCUCUACAUGAAAGUGCCUGGGAGUCGCACCCCUGGACACCAGGAGAACAACAAUUAUUGCUCUAUCAACAUCAACAUCGGUCCAGGUGACUGCGAAUGGUUUGCAGUACCAGACGCCUACUGGGGUGUCAUAUAUAACUUGUGUGAAAGGAACAGCCUCAAUUAUCUCCAUGGUUCGUGGUGGCCUGCGCUCGAGGACCUGUACGAGGAAAAUGUCCCCGUGUACAGGUUCCUCCAGCGUCCGGGUGACCUAGUCUGGGUCAAUUCUGGUUGUGUCCAUUGGGUCCAGGCAAUUGGUUGGUGCAACAACAUCGCUUGGAACGUUGGCCCGCUUACCGCUAGACAGUACCAGCUGGCAAUCGAGCGCUACGAGUGGAACAAACUGCAGAGCUUCAAGAGCAUAGUGCCGAUGGUUCAUCUCUCAUGGAACUUAGCUAGAAACAUUAAGGUCUCCGACCCAAAACUUUUUGAGUUGAUAAAGCACUGCCUUAUGAGGACAUUGAGACAUUGUGCUUUAAUUCUCGAGUUUGUAAAAGAGAAAGGCGUUGAGGUGCGUUUUCACGGAAGGGGUAAGAACGAAGCGUCUCACUACUGUGGUCAGUGUGAGAUGGAGGUAUUCAACAUACUUUUCAUAAGGGAGCAAGAGAAGAGGCAUGUCGUCCACUGCCUCGAUUGCGCCAAGAAACAGGCUCCAAGUCUAGAAGGUUUCGUCUGCCUUGAAGAAUACCGCAUGUCCGAGUUGAUGGACAUAUUUGAUAAUUUUACACUUCACCCUGUGCAGAGUCCUAGCGGCACAGCAUCAUAACCUGAUUAUUUUUAACAUUGUACAUUUUAGAAUAUGAUCGCAAAUAAUGUUGAUUGAUACUCCAAAACAUUUUAGAAAUUUUCUUCUACCGGCUCAGAGGGGGAAACCAAGAAAAUGUACAAAUCUUUUGGAAUCAAGGCGAAUUACAUAUCAAGUAUCUUGAAUUUCCUCUUUUGAAUCUGAAAGAAAUUCUAAUUGUAUUAAAGACUGCAUUUCAUUAGGCAAAUAGACUUUUGAAAUCAAACAUUAUUUGCGAUAAAUCUUUUAGACGUUUUUAAAAAUAUUUCAUAUUGAAUUGCAAGGCCUUCCACCUCUAAAUGAGCCUUUAUAUAAUCAUUGUAAAUUUAAAAAAAAAAGAAGCUAUUUCUUUUAUAUAAUUUGGAAUAGUACAUUUUUUUGUAGAUUAUAAAAAAAAUUUAAUUUGUACAAUUAAUUACAAAUAUUAUGAAAUGAAGUAUGUUUCUGAAAUAAGUGCGGUGAUAUAUUUAGAUUUUACUAUUUUGCAAAGUAAUGAAUGAAGAUGCUGUAAUGAUCUCAAAAUAUGUAAAUAAUAUGUAAAAUAAACGUUUAGCCUGCUGAAGCAGCCUUAGUUGUUGCUUGUAAUGGCAGGGCAGCCUUGUCACAUUGUGUUAAUAUUUUAAUAAUAAGUAUAAAUUAAAAAUAUGUCAAGUUUUUGACAAGAAACUUAAACAAACUUUGAUAUGUUGAUUUGAGUAUUGAAUUUAAUUUGUAAGAAUGUCUCGAUCUGUUGAACACCUUUAUUUAUGGCUUUCCAUUUAUUGUCAAAGUAAAAGUCUAUGGAAUAAUAAUUUAUUUUCACAAAAUUAAAUUAACUGUAAUAUAUCUGUUGUAUGUUUAAUUAUAUAUAGAUUUAUUGUUUAUGUGUACAAAAUUUUUGUUUAGGUGAAAUCAUUGAAAUUUUUAAUUAACUUUCUUUUUAUGAAAUAUUGUAAAUUAUUUGUUUGUAUAUUAAUGAUUUUCAAUGAUUGAUUUUCUUGAGAAUUUGUUUUUUGUUUUAAUGGGAUGUGAUUAACUUAUAAAAGACAAAUUGACUAAAAUUAUAAAAUUUUAAUAAUUGUCUUAAAUUAUUAGCUGUUUUUAUUAAAUUCACUCUAAAUUGACCUAAGCUAUGAUAAAAGUGCAAUUCGUUCAUUCGAUAUUUAAAUACCAUAUCGGAAAUUUAUAGAAUAAGUCUACAAUUAAUUGAUACAGUUACUCAUCAAAAUGGUCGGUACUUUUCUAGUAGACCGAUCACUGCAAGUUACCCAAUUUUAAAGUUAACACCCUUCAAGUGAUUUGUUUGUCAAACAUUCUCUGUUUUUAUCUGUUCAAUUAGUUUCAAACCUACAGAACUUUGUAUAAGUUGAUCACUGCCAAUGCUUUUUCUAUUUAUUUCUUUUUUUAGUGAUUAAAAAGCUAGUGUGAAGAUCUACACUUGUCUGCAAUAUUGGUACAAAGUUAUAGUGUCUUAUAUUACCAAGUGGCCAAUAGAAAUUCGUGGAUGUAUUUUAUACAAGAAGAAAAAAUAACGAUAAAUAAGAAAUACAAAACACUUUUUCAUAAGUAUUUUAAUAUACAAGGGACAAUUUUCCCCCCAGUUUGUAGCUCAUCAGUAGUUCACAUUUUUAUAAAAUAAGUCUAGAACACUGCCAUCGCUCAGGAAAAAAAUAAUUAAACCAUUUUUUCUUUCCUUGGUUUUUUGUGUAGAUUUGUUUUUUAGCGGAUAAUAUUGUUUUGCGUAAUGUUUUGAGUUGUGUUCACUAAUGUUGUAAGGGCUUUUAAAAGCAUUACUCCUUUUAAAAAAAGCCUGUUUGCUCAUUGAAUUAAUCAAAUUUUUAAAAAAUGCAUUCAUCUGAUCUCAAUUGAGGAGCAAACAUUAACAUUUCGCAAACAAGAAUAUUUUCCAGGUUUUAUUCUUUAAUUAAAUUGUAAUGUGGCAUAAACAAUUUAUAAUAUAUGUAAUAUUUGUUACUGUAAUUUCCAAUUAAAAAAAAGUAUUUUAUUUCAGUCCAUUGUAUUAAUAUUAUAAUAUAUAAUUAUAUAUUAAAGAUGAAAAAUAAGGUGCCUCAUUACCAAUGAAGCAAUGUUGUUAUAAGAAUUUAGGAAUCAACAAAUUUUGUAGCGGAAACACUGCCAUUUUUCUGUAACUAACAUUUGAAAUUUUAUUUUCAGGAUGAGAAUAUCCUUAGUUUAUUGUAUAGUUAGUUAUAGUAUUGUAAAUAGAAUUUAAAGUUUUAUUAAAAUUACAGUCCCAUAAAAAUAAAUUUCAAAUGUAAGUAUUAGAAUUAAAUAGGUAUGAUUUUUC